AUGGAUAAUAUUAAUUAUUUUCUCAAAAAUCUGUUUAUUCAAAUAAAACCACCUAAUACUUAUAAACCAUCAUUUGUAUGGAAUUAUUUUGGUCGAUUGUACAAAAAACCAAAUGAAGCAAUAGAUCUUGAAAAAUUUUAUUGUAAAAUAUGUUUUGAUAAAUUUAAAAGUGAAGAACCUGAUACUGUUUUUUCUUCUGUUCAAAAAAAAAUUGGAGUUUACAGUGCAACAAGUGCCACUGGGAAUAUGAAGAGUCAUUUAUUAGCAAUUCAUCGAAUAUCAGAACCCCAACAAACAAAAACAACCAGUCAACACAUUCUUUCUAUGUUUUCUCGAGAUCAUCAUUCACAAAAAGCUUCUCAAUUAAAACAGCAACUUGGACAUCAAUUAACAUUAAUGUGUUGUCGGGAUUUGCUUGCAUUUUCGAUUGUUGAAAAUGAAGGUUUUCAAGAUUUUCUAAUUUGUAACAAAAUUGUUAAUUCAAAAGAAGAUAUUCCUUCAAGAACAAUCUUAUCUCCUAUUAAUUUAAAUAAAAUAUAUGAUGUAUGUGUUGAAAGAACAAAUGAACAAUUAAAAUCGGCAUCACCAUUUCCAACAAUAACAUGUGACAUUUGGUGUGACAAAUAUAAACAUCGUUCUUAUAUUUGUUUUACAAUUCAUUAUCUUGAUUCAAAUUUACAUUUGCACAAAUAUAGUUUAAAAACACAACCAUUUGAUGGACGACAUACUGGAGAAGCUAUAAAAGAUCGUUUUUUAAUUGUUUUAAAUGAAUUCAAUUUAAGUUCAAAUAAUAUAAUUGUUAUAUCUGAUAAAGGUUCAAACAUGCGUAAAGCAUGGAAAUUAUUGAAAAUAAUUCAUAUGUUUUGUAUUGGACAUGGAAUCCACAAUUUAUUAAUGGUUGAUUGUUUUCCUCGUUUAACUGGUGUUCCAGAUUUAUUAGAUAAAGUACAGAAGAUAAUCAAUAAACUUCGUUAUCGUCAACAUGAACUUGAACAAGAAUUUAUUCGAAUACAUGAUCAAAUAAAAAAUGAUUUAUUUGAAGUAAUAAAUAAGGCUGGUGAAGUAUUAGAUGCUGAUUUAGCAUUAUCAUAUGAUGAUAUAGAAGAUGUUGAUCAAUUGGACACCGAAAAAGAGAAUUAUGAAUUAGAAUUAUAUUCAAUCAAUGAUCAACGUUCAUCAAAAUUUGAUUAUUUAAAAAAAACAAAUACAACUGCUAAUAAUUCUUAUGAGUUUCAUACUUUGAAAAAACGUGUUGUAACUCGCUGGAAUACAAUUUUGACCAUGCUUCGUUCAUAUGAAUCCAAUAUACCUGGUAUUGAAAUUAUAUUACGUCGUUUAAAAUUAUUUGAUUUGAUUUUAACUCCCACUGAAAAUGUAAUUGUUCGUGAUUUAGUUGAUUUUCUUAGUUCAUUUGAAACAACCACAACUAUUCUUUCAGCAUCCAAGUCUUAUCCAACAAUGAGCUUAUGUUUAUUACUACGUAUUGAAAUUGAAUCAAUGUUGCAUUCAACAGGAACAGAAUCAUCAGUAAUUGAAGAAUUGAAACAUUUACUUUCCGAAUAUUUAGAUACAAGAUUUCCAAUAACACCAUUAAAUAUAUGUGGUUUUUUACUUGAUCCAUCACAAUUAAAAAUUGAUAUUAAUCCUUAUUUAACUCAAAAUAAAACAACAAAAGAAAAACUUUUGUUGGAUAUGAUUAAAAAAUUUAAAAUUGAUCCUGCUUCACAUGCAAAUACAAUACAAAAUAUCCAUACAUCAUCAAUAUCUUCAUCUGCAACUACAUCAGAAACAUCAUCUCCUCGUAUGAAACGUAACUUAUCGGUGGAAUAUAUGUGUGAAUCUGCACAUAAUAUGAAGAAACUUAGGGAUAAUUUAAUCCAAAAACAUACACCAUUACCUAUAAUCAGUCUUGAUCCUAUUGUUGCUGAAAUUGACAGUUAUAUGAAGUUAGAUGUUGUUUGUGUUGAUGUUCUUGAAUUUUGGAGAUCAUCUGGUGAUAAAUUCUAUCAUUUAAAAAGACUUGCUCAAAUUAUUUUGGGAAUACCAGUAACAUCUACACCUAGUGAAGAAGUCUUUUCUACCACGGGAUUAAUUUUAAAUGCGAAACGAACAGCAUUAGCACCGGAAAAUGUUGGUAAAAUACAAAUGAUUCACGACAACUAUGAAUUACUUAAAAAAAAUUAA